UCCAUGUUGUAUCUUUACCUAUAAAAACCGUUUGCUACAACUAACAAUCCGAUCAAUCGAAACCUUCCAGUAUAUUGAUCCGCUCUUCGUCCCAAUUUCUCUAGUUAUUUUUUGUUUAAGUACUCUCAAGUCUUAUCUGCACACGUGCGACAAUCAGAAUGUGGCCGCUCAUGAAACACAAGCCACUUAUGUAUUACUUCGCUGUCAUAACUGUUCUCGGCUUCAACUCUUUUGGCGCGGAGGCUGGCUGGUGCUACGUUUGCAAGGAUAAUUCCACUACUAAUCCAACGGAUCCUGAUGUUAUGACGCAGCCUCUUCAUUGUCCUGAUAUUAACGCUACGGAGAGCCGAUACUGUGGGAAGGGAAGCACGUGCUACAUUUUCAGAGGCAAACAACAGAUAGGUGGAAAGGUCAUUGAAAACGGUGUGCUACGAUUAUGUGGCAAUGAUCGAGGUGAUGCUCUCCUCGAUUCCAACUUCUUCGGUGGUGACACAUGCCAGUCGAUCUUUGUCAGCAUUCAUAACGAAUACAAAGGCACGUUGUGUCCGUGUUCCGGCGACCUUUGCAACAGCGAUGGAUUGCCGCCACAGCCAAAGCACUCCAAAGGAGAACAUUUGAAACAAAAGUCAAAAGGGCUUCUUGAUCGGAUCAUUGAUUAUUUCUUCGCAUGAGCACCAUACCGUAUAGUUAGCUUUCUGUGAGAUGAGGGUAACUUCGUGCGCGCAAACAAAUAGAAAUCCGAACUAAUAUCAUACUUAUGCAAGCAUUAAAAUCUGGAUAUCUCUACAUGGAAUGUUCGAAAAAUUGGUAUUUUCAGGUUUAUUACCCUACGUGCUACCACGACACAUUUAUCCAUUUAUUCGAUCUGGACUGUCGAUCUGAGACCGCAUAUUUUUUAGUAAAGUAGUUUAUCGAUAUAUUGACUCUUUCGGUGGUUUCAAUGUCGAUCUCCAUGCCUGUUUUCCCGUACCCGCUUAAAUUUGUUAUGCAUAACAACAUAAAAAACUAAUAAUAAUGGUGCGCUUCUAUAUAAUAAUAUAUACGUAUUUGUAACUGUUAUUGAUGAACCCUUUGCAGUCGCAGGCGCCACAUGUUGAACGGACACAUUUUACUGGGAACUAUAAUUAACAUCUACGUCUUUGUGGAAGAUGUGCUUUU